AUGCGAGCGGCCAUCAAGUAUAGGCAAAGCUUGGCUGCCCUUCAGAACAGCAUCGUAGAGACACCCUGCGUAACCUCGGCUACAUGGGAGCAGGCGGGUAGCUUAUUUGCAGCAUACCGUCUACUCGAUCUCGUAGCGUUGUGGCCAGCAGCCUUUGGACCAUCAUUGCCGGUGACCGUGCCCCUGAAUGAAAUACAGGCCAGCACAGGAACUAAGGAAAUAUUUUCACGGUUCAAGCUUGUAGAUGACUUGAAGGACUGGCCGGCAAUGCUCUGCUCUGCCAGGAAGCGCAUCCUCAGAGCCGACUCUAAGUCGCACAGAAACAUCAACACCCCUUCUAUCAGUGACACGCCGUCAUCCGCUUUCACCCAGGGCGGGCCCUCGGAAUCAACGCUAUUACUCUGUCUGGCGCGUAACCACUUCAAGGGUGUUGUGGGGAAAAUAAUCGGGAAUGUGUACUGCGCCUCGCUACACUACCAAAUCUUGUCAGGAAUGCGCGGUAUGAAGGACGAUGAACACAUUCUACCAGACAUUCCAACGGACAUGGCUACUCUUGCAAAUCUCUAG